AUGGGCAUCUCCGACCUCUGCUACCGUUUCUUCUGCUGCGGCGCCCGCUCAAGGGACAGCAUAUACGAUCCCGUGCUCGCAGAUAGCGAGAGGGAAGCUGUCGCCGACCUACUUGGCUUUCUCGAAAAUCGAGCCGAGACCGACUUCUUCUCUGGGGAACCCCUCCGCGCCCUCAGCACGCUCGUCUACUCGGACAACAUUGAUUUGCAGCGGUCGGCAAGCUUGACUUUUGCCGAGAUAACAGAGCGAGAUGUACGAGAGGUCGACCGCGACACGCUCGAGCCCAUCUUGUUCCUGCUCCAGAACCCAGACAUCGAGGUGCAGCGUGCCGCCAGUGCCGCCCUGGGCAAUCUUGCCGUCAACACCGAGAACAAGGUGGCCAUUGUCGCUCUCGGUGGCCUGGCACCCCUGAUCAAGCAGAUGAACUCGCCCAAUGUCGAGGUGCAGUGCAACGCCGUCGGCUGUAUCACCAACCUGGCUACCCACGAAGACAACAAGGCCAAGAUUGCACGAUCAGGCGCUCUCCAGCCCCUCACCCGCCUCGCAAAAUCAAAGGACAUGCGCGUCCAGAGGAAUGCCACUGGUGCGCUGCUCAACAUGACACACUCAGACGACAACCGACAGCAGCUGGUAAACGCCGGCGCAAUCCCCGUACUCGUACAGCUGCUCUCUUCGUCCGAUGUCGACGUUCAGUACUACUGCACCACCGCCCUCAGCAACAUUGCCGUCGACUCGAGCAACCGCGCCAAGUUGGCACAGACCGAAGGCAGGCUGGUUGGCUCCCUGGUCCACCUCAUGGAGUCUUCGUCGCCCAAAGUCCAGUGCCAGGCCGCCCUUGCCCUUCGCAACCUUGCCUCUGAUGAGCGUUACCAGCUCGAGAUUGUGCGCGCUCGUGGUCUGCCAUCUCUUCUCCGUCUCCUCCAAUCCUCAUACCUCCCGCUUAUUCUAUCCGCCGUCGCAUGCAUACGAAACAUCUCCAUCCACCCCGCCAAUGAGUCACCUAUUAUUGAAGCCGGUUUCCUCAAGCCCCUCGUAGACCUACUCGGCUCCACCGACAACGACGAGAUUCAAUGCCACGCCAUAUCCACACUCCGCAACCUCGCUGCCAGCUCUGACAAGAACAAGCAAUUGGUCCUCGAGGCUGGAGCUGUGCAAAAGUGCAAGUCCCUUGUACUGAAUGUGCGACUACCAGUGCAGUCAGAAAUGACUGCGGCCAUUGCUGUACUUGCACUGAGUGAGGAACUGAAACCUCACCUGCUGAACCUGGGCGUCUUCGACGUCCUCAUCCCGCUUACAGAAUCUGAAAGCAUCGAGGUGCAGGGCAACAGUGCCGCUGCAUUGGGCAACUUGUCGUCAAAGGUGGGCGAUUACUCGAUUUUCAUCCAAAACUGGACCGAGCCCGCCGGCGGAAUUCAUGGUUACCUGCGCCGUUUCCUCGCUAGCGGCGACCCAACGUUCCAGCACAUUGCCAUCUGGACACUCCUACAAUUACUCGAAUCUGAAGACUCAAGAUUGAUGGAGCUCAUAAGCAAGUCGGAUGAGAUCAUUAACAUGGUCACCGAGAUUGCCGAACGCAACAUCGAGUCGGACGACGAAGACAACGAGGACGGCGAGGGCGAGGUCGUCACCCUUGCACGCAGGUGUCUUGAGCUGCUGGGCAAGAGCCCCAAGACAUUUGUCGAAGGAUAG